AUGGCGAGGACAAUGAGGAGCGGGCGACGGUGUAGCGGGGUCAAGUCGAAGGCCCACAAGUUGAUUGCACUUUGCAUGGGUGGAGUCUUGUUGUUUUCUAGUGGACAGGCUGUUGCAAAUGAAUCUGGUGAAGGAUUUUUGCGACAGAAUCCGGAAGAUGCUGGAAGCACAUCCACAAUGACGGGACCAGAUAUCGAUGGUCAAGUCGCUACAUGCACGUUGUCCGGCGCCGCGGCUGCAGGAAGGGGUGGCUCUGACGCUAAUAACACAUUGACAUUGUCGAAAGACCACCUGACUGCUACCGUGAAGUGUUCUGGUGAGAAUAACACAUUCGUGCCGACAGAAGAGACGAAAGUAUGCUCGGUGACGGGCGACACUGACACACUAGCCGACUGCAAGAGGACGGAGUCAGAUUCAGACGGGAAGCAGACCACGCUGGACUCUCUACUCGGGGCAACCCGAGGCAUCAAGUGGAAGAAAACCAAAGAGACAGAUAAUCAAGGAGAAACGAUGAUUUUGGAACUACAGGGCUCAGAUCUGCCCUUUUGCGACAAGUCCUUUUUCGUAGGGUGCGACCGCAGGGCUGAUGGAAAAGCUGUUGAGCCAAAUGACUCAGAGUGCAAAGUCAACGUCAUCGUGCAAGCGAGACCUUCUUCCGUGGAUGACAAGAACAUUGUCACCUGCGCAUACGGCAAGGAUAGCAACCCUCAACCUCUGAAGGUUGAGAUGACAACAGAGAAAAACACCCUCACUCUUCGUUGUGGUUCCGAAGCUUCAAUCAAACCAGCGUCAUAUCAGACUCAAUUUUGCGAUCCCCAGGAAGACCUGGCCAACUGCACAGUGCGGAAGUUUGCGGAUAUUCUUCCCAAUUUCGUGGAGAGCUGGUGGACAGCCGAGGACGGGGAGGGUCCUGUGAAACUGACAAUACCGGAGAUGGGCUUUCCAGAGUCUGAACAGCAAUUCCGUUUGGUUUGUGUCCCCAGCAAGGAAGAUCCACCUGUACCAAGCCCCCUAGAAAAGAGUGACGGGACUGAGGGUGCAGUUAAUGCUGCUGCUACCUCAACUUGCAAUGUGAUUGUGACUGUGAAGUCAGGCAGCUCUGCAUCGUCAGCUGGUCAAGUGAUCGCGACAGUCUCUGGUGCAGCCGCUUUGGUGGGACUGCUCGUCGGAUCCUUGUAG